AUGUCACAAGCAAGGCCUGGUGGAGUGUUCUCUGGUUUGCGCAUGGGUGAAGUGGUGCGUGAAAAGGUGCAGGAUGGCCUCACCGGUGAAACAAGAGAGAUGCAAUAUACCCAGUGCAAGAUUGUUGGCAAUGGUUCGUUUGGUGUAGUCUUUCAGACGAAGUUGUCGCCCAGCGGAGAGGAUGCUGCGAUCAAACGGGUGCUUCAAGACAAGCGGUUCAAGAAUCGAGAGCUGCAGAUAAUGCGGAUCGUCCGACACCCCAACAUCGUCGAGUUGAAGGCCUUCUAUUAUUCCAACGGUGAAAGGAAGGAUGAAGUCUACCUCAACUUGGUCCUCGAGUACGUCCCCGAAACCGUCUACAGAGCCUCUCGAUUCUUCAACAAGAUGAAGACCACCAUGCCCAUCUUGGAAGUCAAACUCUACAUCUAUCAGCUGUUCCGUUCGUUGGCCUACAUUCAUUCUCAAGGGAUAUGCCAUCGAGAUAUCAAGCCCCAGAAUCUCUUGCUCGACCCGACGACUGGAGUGCUCAAGCUGUGCGAUUUUGGCAGUGCAAAGAUCUUGGUGGAAAAUGAGCCCAACGUCUCAUACAUUUGCUCUCGAUAUUACCGUGCCCCGGAGCUGAUCUUCGGCGCAACGAACUACACAACCAAGAUCGAUGUCUGGUCCACUGGCUGUGUCAUGGCAGAGUUGAUGUUGGGUCAACCCUUGUUUCCCGGCGAGUCGGGCAUCGAUCAACUUGUUGAGAUCAUCAAAGUGCUCGGCACACCCACCCGAGAUCAGAUUCGCACCAUGAAUCCAAACUACAUGGAGCACAAGUUCCCUCAAAUCAAGCCCCAUCCUUUCAACAAAGUCUUCCGAAAAGCGUCUCCCGAUGCCAUCGAAUUGAUUUCGGCUCUGUUGGAAUACACGCCAACGCAACGAUUGUCGGCCAUCGAUGCGAUGUGUCAGCCAUUCUUUGACGAAUUGCGAGAUCCAAAUACUCGUCUUCCUGAUUCACGCCAUGCUGGUGGUGCUUCACGAGACCUUCCACCACUCUUUGAUUUCUCUCGGCACGAGCUUUCGAUUGCACCUCACCUCAACAAUAAGCUGGUCCCACCGCAUGCGCGAACUCUUCUUGCAUCUCGAGGUCUAGAUUUGGACAACUUUACUCCCAUGACAAAAGACGAGAUGAUGGCACGACUUGAUUGA